GAGCUCAAGCGCCAAACCCAACUACCUACGAAGCAGCAGCGCCAUCUUGUGGACACAUGAGCACCGUAGCGGACAGUGACACAGCAGGAGGCGGAGGGGGGCAGACCGGAUCUUUCAAAAGGGAAGAGGCCAGGGACAGGCAGCCAGCCCCGGCGUCUCUUCUCUCACUUCACCUGUAUUAACCUUCAGUGCAAGCCCGGGAGCCCGAGCAGGGGGCUGUGUCAGUGUUCGUAGGAUGUCCCGACAUGAAGGCGUGAGCUGUGACGCGUGUUUAAAAGGCAACUUCAGAGGUCGACGAUACAAAUGUUUAAUAUGCUACGACUACGACCUGUGUGCAUCGUGCUACGAGAGCGGUGCGACUACAACUAGACACACGACAGAGCAUCCCGUGCAGUGUAUAUUAACCCGAGUUGACUUUGACCUGUACUACGGUGGAGAGCCGUUCUCAGUGGAGCAGCCCCAGGCCUUUACAUGUCCCUACUGUGGCAGAAUGGGCCACACAGAGAUUUCGCUGCAGGAACACGUGGCAGCCGAGCACACGGAGACCUCCACAGAAGUGAUCUGCCCCAUAUGUGCAGCGCUGCCGGGAGGCGACCCAAACCAUGUGACGGAUGAUUUUGCUGCUCAUCUCACGCUUGAACAUAGAGCGCCCAGAGACUUGGAUGAGUCCAGUGGCGUGCGGCACGUGAGGAGGAUGUUUCACCCAGGCCGUGGGCUGGGUGGUCCACGAGCCCGCAGGACUAACAUGCACUUCACCAGUAACACCACUGGGGGGCUCUCCACCAGUCAGAGCUCCUCACAGAGUUCCAACUAUGGCAGGGAGGCUAUGGACCCUAUAGCAGAGCUUCUUUCCCAGUUGUCAGGGGUGAGACGUUCAGCUGGAGGUCAGCUCAGUUCGGGGCCCUCGGCUUCCCAGCUCCAACAGCUACAGAUGCAGCUCCAGUUGGAGCGUCAGCAGGCACAGGCAGCACGGCAGCAGCUGGAAUCUGCACGAAACGCCAGCCGGGGCGCUGGUCGAGCCAACGCCAUCCUUAAUCCCAACUCAGUGGCCGCAAACACCAACCCCGGUGCCAACCACAACAGAAACUCCAGUCCUAACCACGGUCCUGCUGAGUCCAACACACAGCACACUGCACAUAACUCCCAGUUUCUCCUCAGCAGGUUGAGUGAACCCCGGCUGUCGGAGGCCGAGCGUCAGCUGUAUGAGGCCCAGUGGGCCGACCGCAGCCUGUUUGUGACGGAGCUGCUCCUGUCCACACUGCUGCCCAACAAGGACACGUUGGCCUCCUCCUCUUCCGAGGACGACUGCCACGACUCGUUACGGAACUUCGCCGACUUCGAGGCGAUGGGCUGUGUUGAGGUCAUGACCUUGGACCUGGCACUGGAGAACCUGAAUCUCACAGAGAUGAAACCGAUGCCCAAAAUGUCACCUAUGAAGAAAGAGCCCCCGGCACCUCCCCUUUGAUGACAUGGCCACUCCCUCCCCUCAGUCCACCAUUGUUACUGGCUGACGGAGUCUGAGUCAGUCCAACUGCCAAUGGAUAACAAAAAAAAAAACUGCAGUUUUUUUUUUCAUUAUUUUUUUGGCUUCAUUUUUUCCCCCCUCAGUGAUUGUUUUUUCAGCUCUGUCGCCGCCCCCUCCUCCCCUACCUCUCUCACACCCCCACACAUCAACACCAUGUUUAUUACGUUGUGUACAUUGAAAAUAAGUAGUGAGACGGGAGAAUGUUCUAGUGAGUGUGUGAUGUGUGCGUGCGUGUGUGUGUGUGGGAGAGAGAGAGAGACAAAUAACUAUAUAAAUAUUAUACAAAAAUCUAUAUGAACGCUGAUAAUCAAGAUCACAUAACCGGAGUCCAUUUUAGCAUAAGAAGCAGAGAGUAGUUAGUUGUUGAAGAGAGAGAAGACGUCAUACACCCACUCACCCCAGGGGGGAGCAAGCGGACGGAGAUCUUCCAUUCAUAGUUAUUAAUGAUAUUAAUGACACAGAAAAAGUGCUCGGAAGGAUUACCGCUACUUAAGCAUGAGCCUGAAUCACCACGUGCCCGUUUUAACUGCACAGUCACCAGGAGGGGGCGGUACAUGUCUUAUAACUUCAUGGUGCUCUGCGCCACCUGUAAGUGUUUCUCUAGUACUGCACAGACAUAUGAGGACAGACGUUGAUUGGCUCCUCCCAUCUCCACUCUCACCAAUUACCAACCUUACAUGACAUCACUUGUUCCGGGUCAUGUGACCUCUUUUUAUAUCGACUGUGGGCACUUUGGUUUUAAAAUUGAAUAUCCGGUGUCUGUUUGUGUACACUACAGCUCUACGUAAAGGCAAGUCACAAGUUUUGAAGGCAAAACACUCAAUAGGUUUUAUUAUUUUUUAAAUCUGGACAAACGUCUCAACCCCUGGUCUACCUUUAGUUUUACCCUCCCUCUGUGUCCGUUUCAAGGAUGACUAGAUGCUCCUCACCUCUUCCCACUUUCUGAAACAAACCCUCUCUCCAUUACUACAUGAAUGCAAAGCUAAUUCAUGUGACUUGAAGGAGAGAAUCUCAAAUGUCUCUUUCCAUUGAUUUCUCAGUCAGAAACCCGGUCUUUGUUUGCCUCCACUGCUACCUGAAGAAAUGCAAAUGUAAGGUUUUUUUUGGCUCAGCAGAGGAGCCAAAACGACAGGGUAAACCUUUCGGUUUGGAGGACAAUAAACAUGUUUUGAAUGGAAAUGAACUAACCCAGCGCUGCUCUCUGGUUCUCUGCGUCUGUCUGUGGCUAACUUCCUGUUCGCCGUGUACAAACUAAUAAACACUAGUCCU